GUUGGUGAAGAUGCUGCAUGCGUUCGAUGCGUCCAAGCGCGAGUCGCUCCAGAAGCUGCAGGACGCGAUCGACAAGUCGCCCAAGGGCAGCAUCGAUGCGCCGAUCGUCGAUAUGAUCGAAGCCGUGAACGGCCAUCCCAACUACGUCACGAGCAGCAGUUGCUCGGGGCGCAUCGCUGUCUUUUGCGGCGUCGCCGAAGACGGCGCCGACCACUUGAUCACGAAAGGCGGCAAGUGGCUCGUGAGCUCGCACGCGCCCGUCUCGUACGACGAGCUGCACGCGGCCGUGCUCGCCGACCCGUCGCAGCUCAAUGGCAUGGUCAUCUUCAAGCACGAGCCGUUCAUCAUGCACGUGCAAUGCCGCGACGAAGAGGCGGCCAAAGCCAUGCUCCAGUGCGGUCUCGCCUGCGGCUUUCGCGAGUCGGGCGUCGUCCUCGGCAACAAGCGGACAAUGGUCGCGAUCCGUACGACCGCCAACUCGAUGGAAAUUCCGAUCGCGCUGAACGGAAAGCUCAUGGUCGACGACGUGUAUUUGCGCUGGAUCCUUGCGAUCGCCAACGAAAAGUUUGCGGCCAACGUCGUCAAGACCCAGCGCUUCAUGGCCGAGCUCUCGUCAGCGCUCUUUGCGCCGCCGCGCACGCAGCUAACGUCAAUGUCGGCAACGCGCGCUGCUAUCGAAGUGCUUCGUGCCGGCCACACGAGCGUCCUCCACAAGGGCCGCGUCUACUUGCUUGGCGGCCAAGGUGCCACCGCCACGGGUACCUCGCGUCUCAGUGACGUUGUUGUUGUCGAUGCCGCCACCAAGGCCGUUCUGCAGACAUGCGAUAUGCCCAUGACCGCCCGCAUGCACCACUCGGCUGUUGUCCACAACGGCGCGAUGCUCGUCUUUGGCGGUCGCGCGAGCCCCACAAAGGCGCUCAACGAACUCUACUCGAUCAACCUCACGACGCUCGAGUGCACGGUCCUGGCGACAACGGGCGACGUCCCUUCUCCGCGCUACGGCCAUGCUGCAGUCCUCGUCGGCAACGCCAUGGUCAUUCUUGGCGGUCGUGAUGCCACGCGUGUUCUCAAUGACGUGUUUGUGCUCGACCUUGGUGUGACGCCGCCGGCGUGGCGCGUUCGCCGGUCCGGACCGAGUAUGUUUCAACACGCGGCGGUGGCUGUGCGCCAGGAGGUCUACUGCUUUGGGGGGCGCGCGACGCCCGACGCGCUGGAUGAAAUGACGCUCCAGAGCCUCCACGUGUACGACAUGAUUGGCGACUCGUGGCGUGUCCAAGCCACGACCGGCAAGGUGCUGCCGUGCGCACGGGCCAGUCUCCAGGCGGUCAACGUCCAGGACCAGCACAUUGUGCUCACGGGCGGCUCGUCGUCGCUCAUGACGUGCCAGCGGGACGUCUUUUCGCUCCACCUCGACCGAAUGAGCUGGCGGCAACACGAGGCGCUCGACGACGGCGCAGUGUUGAGCAGCCACAGCAUGGUCUACGACGACGCGACCGCGUCGUGUCUCAUCACGGGCGGCAGUUGCCAGUGCUUUGGGUUUGGAAGCGUGUACAGCCCCGUCUACGUCUUGGCCCUCGAGCUCCAGGUGGUCGUCGAGGCCAGUACGGCUAGCGCCAGUGCGACAACCGCACCCGCCUCCAAGACACUGGUCAUCGUCGUCGAGAAGGCCCUUGUCAAGACGGUCAAGACACGCCUCGAAGCGCUCUCGCUCUACGACAAGAACCGUCGCAUCGCACCCGUGGUCAAUGGACCUGUCGACGGCGCCUGCAUGGUGCCCGUCUACGACGCGAUCCAGCAGCUCGGUCCGGACGAGGUUCUGGAGAAGCACUUGGCGCACGUCGUGCCCGAGAGCGCUGCGGCCACUUGCGUCAUCGCCAUUACCAACGCCGCGCCUAUUCGGGUCAAGAAGACGCCGGCAGUAACGUCGGACGCCAAGCUUGCGGUCCCUCCGUCCAAGAAGAAGAACAAACAGAAGAAAGAAGCAGCAGCAACGACCACGGACGUCCCGGUCGCCGUCGUCGCGCCAAACACGCCUGUUACGGAGGCCCACGGCGUGCUCGUGCCGAAGGACCAAGUCAAGGCUGUCAAGACGCAACUCGAAGCGCUCGGUCUCUACGACAAGAGUCGCCGCAUUCACCCUUCGAACGAGGACCCGAGCGUGUUUGUAGCGCCGAUUUUGGUCGCCGACCUCCCGUCGAGCUUGGCGCACUUGCCGGUCGUCGUAGACGCGGCGAAUGCUCGCAAACCUGUGCUCAACCCCAACGUCCUCGUCCACAGCCUUCUGCAGGCGCACGCGGCGGCCCACGGCCUCGGCCUCGCGCCCUCCAAGUUUGAGUUUAUCGCAGACAUUCUCGUCUUGCCCAAGAACGCUUGCAUGGAGCCUGCGUGGCGAGACCGAACGCUCUGGCUCGCGGUCGCCGACGCCGUGCAAACCAUCCGCCGUGUCGCGCGCAACGCUGACGUCGACCCGAACGACCGCCGCCAGAGCCGCGUGUCGCUCCUCUUUGUCCACCCGGCGUUUGAGCCGCCUUCCAACGGUGUGGGCUGGGUCGAGGUGCGCGAGAACGGCCUCACGUACGGCUGGGACAUUGAAAGGGUCAUGUUUUCCUCGGGCAACGUCACGGAGAAGGCGCGCAUGGCCCGUAUCGGCUGUGCGAACGAGGUGAUUGUCGACUUGUACGCUGGCAUUGGCUACUACGUCGUGCCAUUCCUCGUCCACGGCAAGGCCGCGUACGUCCACGCGCUCGAGUGGAACCCCGACUCGGUCGCGUGCCUCCAGCACAACCUUGCGCGCAACGGCGUGAGCGACCGCUGCUCUGUCUACUUGGGCGACAACCGGGUGACGGGCCCGAGCCUCGGUGCCAUUGCCGAUCGCGUCAACCUCGGUUUGCUGCCGUCAAGCGAACUCGGGUGGCCCGUUGCCGUCCAGGUGCUCAAGGCCGGUGGCGGUAUGCUGCACGUCCACGAAAACGUCGCCGUUGAUCACAUGGACGCGUGGAAGCAGCAUGUUGUGCGCUCGAUCGAAUCGCUCGCCGUCAGCUUUGGCAAGCACUGGACCGUCGAGCUCGUGCACUUUGAGCGCGUCAAGUCGUAUGCGCCCAAGGUCUUCCACAUCGUGGCCGACCUUCGGUGCUCGCCGCGCCCGACUCUCUAGUCGAUCAACACCCUCGCCCUAAACAUGUUGUGCUUCGAUGGCAUCUCUAACAAGUCUUGGCGCUGAAGCUCCUACCUCGU